AAAUUCACUAGUAUAGAGAGUCGGGCAAAGGGCCACGUCGUCUCCCAUCAGCCACCAGCUUCUCCCGUAGGACUACUGAGGAGUAACAGCCACGCUAUAUAUUAAUAAUAUAUAUUGCCAUGUUGCUUGACCUGACACGUGGCAGGAACCCAUCGGUUCAAUUGGGAAGAGGCACACUAACCCCACAUAUAUGCCACAGCAUAGGUCGUAUUGAUGUGGUGAAGCAUACUGCCGCUGCAGUGGUAAGGCACCAUCUGCGCUCGAAAAAUUAAAACUGAAAGAUGGGAGGGAUGAGGGUUCUCCCUAGCUUAUCACUACCCUCCCAUUCCCAUCAGGGUAUCCCUCCAAGUUUAGGGGUAGGGGCAGCCCUGCAGAACCUCCCCAAACAGAGGAGCUCCGGUAGUAAAUUUAUGAGAGGGGCGGUGGUGGCGGUUUCAGCUAAAUCAGCUGGGAAAGAGAUGGAGGAAGGAGAGAAUAAUAACGAUAGUAAGGAAGGAAAGAAGCAGUCUCUGGUUGGGAGUGUGAUGGAUGCUCUGGAUUUCUCCCAGGUUAGGUCCGCGGAGGAUGCCGUCCUCCUGGAUGAAGCUAGGCAAGCCACCAGGUCUGGUAGCCAGAUGAACAGGCAGCAGUAUGCAGCUCUUCGGAGGAAAAUUGGAGGGACGUAUAAGGACUUCUUUAAAUCCUAUGUUGAUGUGGAUGGGGAGUACGUAGAAGAAGGUUGGGUUGACAAAACAUGCAAAAUCUGCAAGAAAGACACGAGGGGUGAAGCAAGGCAGGUGGACAAGCUUGGGAGAUACGUUCAUGUAGCAUGUCUAGAUCAGAAAUCCAAUUCAGCUGGGAACUUCUUCACUAGACUCUUCUCCCGAUGAGAUCAAGAAAAAUAAGACUUUUAUUUUAUAUAAAACAUAUGUCCAUUGUGGAUGAAAUUAAAAAUUGCCUUUGAUCAUAUAGAUUUAACAGUAUUAUUACAAAUUUAUGUUCAUUGUAAAAAUAAAGGGUUGAUGGUAUUUUUUAGAGUCCAA